CGCGUGGCAACCGCGUAACGGAUCUCCCGGACCAACGGCCACGACCAAACGGACUAACGACCACGAUCAAACGGACUAACGGCCACGACCAAACGGACUAACGGCCACGAUCAAACGGACCAAAUGACGAUCUUCCCUCUCUUCCUUCGAUCUCUGGUCUUACCGGUUUUUAACAUAUGUCCGAUUUUUACCGUAUACACUUACCACUAUUUGUGAUGGCAAAGGAUUGUUCUUUGAUCACUAUAAAAGUAUAACUCACAGUUGACAUUCAUUCCUUUCUUCUGUUGUCUUAUAAAUUCUAAAGUAGAGGGGCGGUCCAUUAUCCACUGAGUUUUGAGUUUCGAAUCAUGCACCAUUGACCCUAGAGGAUUUCUUGAUUAUCAAAAAAGAAAAUGCCAAAGUGUUCUCAUACAUGUGUGACACUUUACUUAAACAGAGAGAAAGAAAUGAAGUAAAAAGAAAGAACCUAACUACAGUUGGACCUCUUUAUAGCAAACAUCCUCUAUAAACAUUUCACUAUAACAUCCAUGUUUUCUGUGUAACCGGUCUUUCAUGUUAUGUUAAUUAUAAUAUUCUCUAUAACGACAUUUCGUAUAGCAGCCAAAAAUUAUCGGAACAAACGACACUAUUAGAGAGAGGUUUGACUGUAUUUUGCCUGUUAUUUGCAGAUAUGGAGGAGAAGGUUGAAUACGUGCUCAAAAUCAUAGACGAGGAGGGGGAAUCAUUUGCAAGUCGGGCAGAGAUGUAUUACAGAAGAAGGCCUGAGAUUUUGAACUUCGUGGAAGAUUUUUUCCGGAGUUACAGAGCUUUGGCAGAGAGAUUUGAUCAUUUAUCCAAAGAUCUUCAGACUGCUAACCGAACAAUUGCAACUGUUUACCCCGAGAGAGUUCAACUCGCGAUGGAAGAUGAAGAUGGAGAACAAUUUCUUGCAUCAUUAGGACCUCCUAAGGAAUCAAAUGAGCCCUCCAAAACCUUACCAACUGCACCAAAGUUAAGUUUCCCAAAAGUUCCUUCCUUUGCCAAACGAAACGCCAAACCAUCAAGGUUAAUGUCAAAAAAAGGACUAAUAAAAUUCAAUGUUGAUGAUGCAAUUGCUGCUGCUCGUCCAAGUUCAGGUUUGAAAAAACCCGAGGCACUCAAGGAAAUCGAUAAGCUUCAGAAGGAUAUUUUGGCACUUCAGACUGAGAAGGAGUUCAUCAAGAGCUCAUACGAAAAUGGGCUAGCGAGGUAUUGGGGAAUAGAAGAAAAGGUCACUGAGAUGCAAGCAAAAGUUAGCAGCUUGCAAGAUGAGUUUGGUAUUGGCACGAUGAUCGAGGAUGAUGAAGCUCGGUCUUUGAUGACAGCCACAGCCCUGAACUCUUGCCAAGAUACGUUGGCUCAGUUGCAGGAAAAACAGAAGCAAUCAGUGGAAGAUGUCAUAGCUGAGCAUCAAAAGAUUUUAGAGGUCCUUGGAAAAUUUGAGACUCUAAAGGGAAAAUUUGUCAGUAACCUGCCCCAUCCACAAGUCCUCUCUGAAGUAAACAAGUCUUCAAAUCCAGAUUCGGAAUUGAAGAAGUUGAAUCCAGAGAAAGUGCAUUCCAAAGAUAAGGAGCUGGAAACUAAUUCUGAUACUUUCAUGUCUGAUCUGGCAGAGAAAGUUGAUGAACUUGUUGAUAAAGUCAUAAAUUUGGAAAGCGCACUUUCGUCCCAGAAUGCUUAUGUAAAUAGAUUAAGAUCAGAGACAAAUGAACUUCAUUCACAUCUGACAAAAGUGGAAGAGGAGAAGGGGAACUUGGUUGAAGAUUCAGAGAGCAUGAGCAAGAGGAUAAGACAACUGGAGGAAGAACUUCUCAGAGUUCAGAAUCUCAAUGAAAGCAUCAAACACAAUGCCAAUCAAUGUAGUUUUGACGAUAUCUCUGAGAAAUUGCACAACAAGAGGCAAGAUGAAGACGUCAAAGAUACUUUGUCUGCCAAUAAAGUAAUCGAUUCAGGAGUCGAUAAGGCAAAGCAGUUUCAAGCUCAUGAAGCAAUCAUACCUGGAGAAAAUGUGAUAGGUAGCUCCAAAGAUAUUUUAGGUAUCUCCCGAGGUGUUAGUAGUAAGGAAGGUCUGAAGAAAAAAGUAGAACAGGAGGGUCGUCUUGAAGUUGACCAGCAAAACUUUGUCGAAAGCCACUCGAACAACGAUAGUCAAGAUGGAAUGACGGGUGGCACUUUAGAAGCUGACCAGGGCAUUUCGGGUGUCGAUAAGGCCAAGCAGUUUCAGGUUCAUGAAGCAAUCAUUUCUGGAACAAAUGUUCUAGGUAUCUCCAAAGGUGUUAGUAGUAACGAAGGUCUGAAGAAAGAAGUCUUGGAAGAACAGGAGGGUUGUCCUGAAGUUGACCAGAAAAACUUAGUUGAAAGCCACUCGAGCAACAAUACUCAAGAUGGACAGACAGGUGGCAAUUUAAAAGCAAACCAGAGCACUUCUAGUGUUGAUAAGGCCAAGCAGUUUCAGGUUCAUGAAGCAAUCGUUCCUGGAACAAAUGUUCUAGGUAUCUCCAAAGGUGUAAGUACUGAGGGAAGUCUGAAGAAAGAAGUCAUACGAGAACACGAGGAUUGUCCUGAAGUUGACCAGAAAAACUUUGUUGAAAGCCACUCGAAGGACGAUACUCGAGAUGGAAAGACGGUUGGCACUUUAGAUGCUAACCAGGGCGUUUCUGGUGUCAAUAAGGCAAAGCAGUUUCAGGUUCUUGAAGCAGUCAUUCCUGGAGCAAGUGUUCUAGAUAUCUCCAAAGGCAUAAGUAGUAAGGAAGAUCUGAAGAAAGAAGUCUUGCAAGAACAGGAGGGUUGUCUUGAAGUUGACAAGAAAAACCUUGUCGGAAGCCCCUUCAGCAAUGAUACUCGAGAUGGACAGGGGUCAGGGUUGACAGGCAAAGAGAUGAUGAUGAUGAUGACCAAUACUACCCCACAUUUGGUGGCAUCAGAAGGUGUACGUGUGAGGGGCCAGACAGAUACAUAUGAAGACCAAGAUCAUCCUGGAAAAGCUGAAUAUACAUAUAUGGACUCCAACUUAAGUAACAACUAUAAUAGUUUUCGAUCUGAAGAUUCUGCUACCAAUCAGAAAAACUAUUAUGAAGGAACUGAAUAUGUCAAAUCUUCUGGUUAUGAUGCAAUGAUCAAAAAACAAACUAGAUCUGGAGAAGAAGCAAAGGAACAAGAUAUUUUGGAUAACCUCGUACCAUUUGAAGGUAAAGAAGAAAAGUUUCCAAAGGCCGAUCUUCAGAAUGACCAAGACAAGUUUAUCAAAAGUACUGUGGAACAUGCAGCGGAUGUUAGGACAGAAAAAGGGUUUGACAAAAGUCAACAUGGGCAUGUUACAGAUCAUGGUUCAGCCACCAGAAGAAAUGAUGGAAUGGUCGAGCUAAGGGGGACAAAUGAUAGUUCAAACAGAAGUUAUUUUCCCGGUUCUGGAGCUGUCAAUCAGAAAAAGGAUACCAAAGGAAGUGAAUGCAUCAGAUCUCCUGGUUAUGAUGCAAUGAUCUCAACGGAGAUCAGAACGGGAGAGGAAGCAAAGAAAGGAGAUAUUUUGGAUAACCUCAUUCCCUUCAAAGGUGAAGCAGAAAAGCUUUCCGCAUCCAACCUUCAGAAUGACCAUGACGACUUAACCAAAAUUAGUCAUGUUAAGGAUGCAGGAGAUGUUAAGAUAGAAAAAGGGUUCGACAAAAGUCAACAAGUGCAUGUUACUGAUCAUGGCUCACCAACCAAGAAAAAUGUCGAGCAAAGGGGCCCCAAUGAUCUUGCAGACAGAAGGGACGAUGUUCCCUGUUCUGUCGAAGAUACAGAAGAAAAGCUUUACAAAACCAACCAUCAGAAUCACCUGAAUGACUUUUUCCAAGAAGCUACAUCAAGGGAUUCUCCACAUGUCAAUAUGGAGAGAGGAUUUGAUGAAAGCGAGAGAUUUCGUACUUCAAGUGAUGACUUGGUCACAUACGUGAGGAAGGAAGAGCAAGCUAGGACAAAAGAUACUGCAGACAAGAGUGAUUAUUUGCACAUUGUUGAAGGUAAAGAGGAAAAGCUUUAUAAAACCCACCAAAAUUCUCUGUUGAGGGAUUCCCCAGAGGUUAAGAUGGAAAUGAGGUCUGAUGAAGUUGAUCUACAUGUUUCAGACAAUGACUCUGCCAUCAGAAAAGAUAUGAGAAUGGAAGAGCAAGCUGGCACAAAAGUUAAUGCAGAGAAGAGUGAUCGUUUACACAUCCCCGCUGAAGGUAAGGAAGGAAGUUUUCAGAAAUCCAACCAUCCAAAUUACCAGUAUGAUCUCCUCGAAAAUGUUCCUAAGGAUGCUACCAACAUCAAGAAGGAGAAGGCAUUUCACGAAAGUGAACGCACACAUAUUUCAGAUGAUUCCUCAGCUAUCAGAGAAGAGAGAACGGAGGCUCUAGCAGUGAAGGAUGCUCCACAUGAAAGUCGGUUUAUGCCUUCAUCCUAUGAACAGCAAGCAAGCAGAAUUGACUUUGCAGACAAGUUUGCUUCUUCUACAAGCGAAGAGGGAAGAAAUUCUUCCAACCAAGAAAGUUAUUUCAAUGAUGUAUUGCAGGUUAGUCCAUCUGGAGCAACUCUAGAUGGCACUCCAGAAAGGGGAUCCAACGAAGUUGUUCAUACAACGAAUCCUUCUCAACAUGAUUCAACUUCCCUUGAAGACACGGAGAUACAGCUUGAGAAACUGGAAUAUGAUCCUUCCAAUUCACAGAAGUACCUUAAAAAUAUCCAGAUGAAAGGUAGAGAGAAGGUAGGAGAUGAUCAUCAUCUCAAUAUCGCGGUUGGAUCUUCCACAGAAAACUUCUCCAAAUUGAAUGACAGCAAGCAAUCAGACGAUCUUUCAAGAAAGAUGGAUUUCAAGAAUAAAAUCAAGUCAGAGGAGCAAAACAACGAAUUCUCUCACAAGUUCACUCAAGAAAAAACAGAUGGUGGCUUUCUACAAUCCAAUUGGCAUAACCAACUUGAAACUCAUUCAGCAAAGGUCCAAGUGAAAGAUAUUCCGAGCCCCGUCCCAGAUAUUGAGCUAGAAGAAUGGGAAAGUAUUUUAGAUAAUCUUCCAUCUGUCUUAAGUGAUUAUAAGAGAGAUGACCUACACAAAGAUGAGCUCCUAGAUCAAGGGAAUGGUGAAGAUUCAAGGAGGCAAGUGUUCAGGACAGUUCACAAUGGGCUUUACAUGGAACAACAUGAAUCUGAAACAGAGGAUGACCAACCAAACUGGAGAGAUCUGUUCCUAAACAGCCUGGAUGAUGACAGAGAGAAGAUACUACUUGAGGAGUACACAUCAGUUCUUAGAAAUUUCAAGGGCGUGAAGAUGAAGCUCAAUGAUGCGGAGAAGAAAAGGAGAGCGAGCCACUUCCAAUAUGUUGUCCAGAUGAAAGUUCUAAAGAAUGCUAAUGCCUUGAAGGAUGCACAGAUUCUGUCCUUACAGCAUAGAUUGAACUCGCUUCAGUCAAAAGGCGUUGAAACAACAAACUUCAAUGAAAUGCCAAAGGAAGCAACCUCGCAAGCUGCUGAGGUUCAAUCUCGACAUUAUGAAGAGAAAACAUUGCCAGAGUUCUCAGAUAAAUCGCUUACACAUUCCAUUGCACCAGAAGACACAAGGAUCUCAGUUAUUAAGGAGGAUAGCAGAGAUAUCGAAGUUACUGAUGUCGAUGAAACACACUCCUUCACCACUGUUGAAGAGAAAGUACGGAUGGACAUUGAUGAUCUGCUGGAGGAAAACAUUGAGUUGUGGCUCAGAUUUAGCACCUCAUUUCAUCAACUGCAUAAGUUCCAAACUUCUGUUCAGGAUCUACAAGCUGAAAUAAACAAAGUGAAGGAAGACUGCAAGCAAGAAACAGGUCAACCACAGUCGCUACUAUCAGGCAUCCGCCCAAUCUAUAGGCAUCUAAGAGAGAUACAAGCUGAGUUGACAUUGUGGUUGGACCAUAAUGCAGUGCUGAAAGAUGACUUACAGAACAGGUUAUCAUCUCUUUCUAAUAUUCUCGACGUCAUAACACGAUUAUCAAGGUCAGGGUCUAAAGAGAAUGAUCCAGUGCUGAAUGCCUAUCAAGCAGCAAAGUUUCAAGGUGAGAUUUUAAACAUGAAGCAGGAGAAUAAUAAGCUAGCAGGUGAACUCGAAGUAGGCUUUGAAUGUAUCCGGAAACUCCAAGACGAGAUCCGGAGCACACUGUCAAACCUGGAUGAAGAACUUGGGCUAAAAGACCAACCAACAAGGCCUCGAUCCAGAAUUCCCCUGCGGUCCUUCUUGUUCGGAGUAAAGUUGAAGAAUAAGAGGCCGUCUUUAUUUUCCUGUGUAAAUCCAGCACUGCAGAAACAGUCCAGUGAUUUAACAGCACCAUGAUAGAUGCCCUUUUAACAGCAGUAGACAGAUAGAUGUCUCUUUUUCCCCCCCUUCUUUUCCUUCCCUUUUAGCUCUGUUGUAGGCAAUUCUUACUAGUUGAAAAUUUAUUGGAGAAAAGGCGUGUUGCCUUUUAUUAGAGUAGAACUCCAGAUUUUAUCAUGCUUUCAACAAUUUCUUUUUUCAAAUUCACCAAUUUCUGCAAAC